UUAGAGGCAGAAAACAAGAUAAAAAAUAUUCUGAACCAAUGGACUGCAGACAUAGUACAGGAGAUGACCAGAGACUGCGGACAUAGUACAGGAGAUGACCAGAGACUGCGGACAGUACAGGGGAUGACCAGAGACUGCAGACAGUACAGGAGAUGACUGCUGACCUUUGGGGAGGGAGAGGGAGCGGGUACCUGAAUUUGACAGGUACCCGCCCCCACUUCCGCGCAGUUGUCCUCCCAUUAGUGUGGCCAUUCACAAAGUGCAGCGCUACUCGCCCAUGCGCACUGGGCACCUGGCUGUCGAGCCGAGAGCCC